UCUUCCUCCUCCCUACACUUACUCCACCACCCUUCUUCACUUCUUCUCGCUAAUUCCUUACUCUUCAAAGUAAGCAGACAAAAAUGGGGAGAGUGAGAAGCAAUGCUGCCUCUUUGUUUCUGUGGACUUUGGUUGCUGGGUUACUUUCCCAGAACUUGGUCGUCCCUGUCAUGUCCUCCACCGUCCAAGACCAGAAGAACUUCUACUCUCCACCAGACCCCCACUCCGACAGUCCCCCUGGAGGUUCACACGGAACUCCGUCCAGGCCACCAUCACAUGGUGGCGGCUCUCAAAGCCCCCCGUCUCAUGGAGGUGGUGGAAGCUACAAUCCCACACCAUCACCACCUUCCAACUGUGGCACCCCACCAGCACACCACAACCCAACUCCAUCACAUGACCCUAGCACUCCAUCCACUCCAUCAACUCCAAGCGGUGGUGGCUACUACUACUCUCCGCCACCAACUUACGGCGGCAGCCCCCCAACCACACCAGAAAUCGGUACCCCUCCCACCCCAGUCAUUCUAAGCCCCCCGAUCCCAGUCACUGGAACCCCACCAGUAAUUGGAACCCCACCAAUUGAUCCAAACACGCCAACCAUCCCUUCUCCUCCUUUCCUUCCUGGCCCCAACUCCCUUCCACCCUUCACAUGCAACUACUGGGGGAGCCACCCCACACUAAUAUGGGGUCUGUUGGGCUGGUGGGGAACUUUGGGCAAUUCUUUUGGCGUGUCUAGUCUUCCAGGGAUCGGAUCCGGCACCAUGAGCCUCCCGCAGGCACUUUCCAACACCCGCACCGACGGGCUAGGAGAGCUCUACAGACAAGGAACUGCUGCCUUGUUGAAUGCCAUGGUGGAUAACAGGUUCCACUUCACCACCAACCAAGUCAGGGACAGCUUCGUCAGUGCACUGGGAUCGAACAAGGCGGCAGCAACUCAAGCCCGCGUUUUCAAGCUUGCCAACGAAGGAAAACUCAAGCCCAGAGCCUGAUCUCAAUCACAAUCAUCAUUUGCUUUCAUUUAAUUUAAGUUCAAAGUUAAUCUUUAUGAGUUGUUAAUUACUUAUAUCUACUUAAGACAGACUUCAGAGUGUUUGUUUGUCAUUAUUCUAGAACGUUACGUUCUUAGUUUCUAAUCAAAUUUGCAGCACUACAGCAUGUUAAGAUAUGCAAACUUUGGUUUAAAUUUAUUUAAUACUUAGCUUUUAUCA